UGCUCUUCAGUCUCCCGUCCCGAGCUGGAGAAGCUCUUAAACAAGAUGCUGGACGAGCGGAAUGCUGUGCCCAAGAAGGACGAGAAAAGGCAAGUCCACACAAAAAAAGAUAACAUGGAAGACAGGCUUGUCAAACAGCUUAGGGAUGACCUGAGGGAACAGAAGCUCUUGCACGCAUCUCCUGGUGGCCUGGAGGAGCCGACCGACUUGCCGCCACAAGUUCAAGAGCCUCUCGCGGUACCUGCCCUGGCCAGGGCCGAAGAGAGUGGGGCAAGGGGCUCCUACGCAGAUGCCAUGGCUGCAGUGACUGAGGCCAGGGCUCAGGCCGAGGCGAGGGCUGUACUCGCCGAGGCUAAGGCAGAGCAGUCUGAGGCCAGGGAAAAGGAAAUAGCAACCAAACUGGAGCUAGCUGAGGCCAGGACGGAAGAGAUUGAGGCGAGACUGGAGCAGGCCGAGGCCAGGGCAGAGCACAGAUGA